UUCAAUUCUCAACCUUGACAAGAGUUUGUGGACGAAGGGUAUCUCUGACUUCAAGUCCAAGAUUGAACCAAGUUUACUUUGAAGGGAUCAUUUAUUUGAAGCAAAUAUGUCAGACAACGACGACGAUGAUUUUAUGUGUGAUGAAGAUGAGGAGUAUGAUCUGGAAUAUUCAGAAGACAGUAACUCAGAGCCUGAUGUUGACUUGGAAAACCAAUAUUACAAUUCAAAAGCACUCAAAGAAGAUGAUCCAAAUGCAGCACUUGAAAGCUUUUCUAAGGUUCUUGUACUAGAGCAGGAAAAAGGUGACUGGGGUUUUAAAGCUUUGAAGCAAAUGGUCAAGAUUCUUUUCAAAUUGGGACACUACGAAAGCAUGAUGAAGAGAUACAAAGAACUGUUAUCGUAUAUAAAGAGUGCAGUCACAAGAAAUCAUUCCGAAAAGUCCAUCAAUUCCAUCUUGGAUUUUAUUUCCACUUCAAAACAGAUGGAGCUACUGCAGGAGUUCUAUGAAACAACACUGGAGGCCUUGAGGGAUGCCAAAAACGACAGGCUUUGGUUCAAAACAAAUUGCAAACUUGGAAAACUCUAUUUUGACCGAGAGGAGUACGGUAAAUUGGCGAAAAUAAUAAAAGAAUUACGAAGGUCCUGCCAGACGGAUGAUGGUGAAGAGGAUUUGAAGAAGGGAACACAGCUGCUUGAGAUCUACGCUCUAGAGAUUCAAAUGUACACAGCCCAGAAAAACAACAAGAAAUUAAAGGCACUUUAUGGCCAGUCGCUGCACAUCAAAUCUGCCAUCCCUCAUCCACUAAUCAUGGGAGUUAUACGAGAAUGCGGUGGAAAAAUGCAUCUUAGAGAGGAAGAAUUUGACAAAGCAGCGACGGAUUUUUUUGAGGCAUUUAAAAACUAUGAUGAAAGUGGAAGCCCAAGGAGAAUAACAUGUUUAAAGUAUCUCGUACUAGCAUACAUGCUUAUGAAGUCAAACAUUAACCCAUUCGACUCUCAAGAGGCAAAACCUUACAAGAAUGAUCCUGAGAUCUUAGCAAUGACCAAUCUGGUUAGUGCUUACCAGAAUAAUGAUAUUACUGAAUUUGAGAAGAUAUUGAAGACUAACAGAAAAAAUAUAAUGGAUGACACUUUUAUUCGCGAACAUCUUGAGGAUUUGCUCAGAAAUAUACGUACUCAAGUUCUUAUUAAACUCAUCAGGCCCUAUACAAAGAUUCAUAUACCGUUCAUUUCAAAGGAGCUCAACAUUGACACAGAUGAAGUUGAGAGCCUGCUAGUCCAAUGUAUCUUAGAUAGCACUAUUCAAGGUAGGAUCGACCAAGUCAACCAGCUACUUGAAAUAGACCAGACAGCAAUAGGAUCUGCAAGAUAUACUGCGCUGGAUAAACUAACAACGCAGUUGCAUUCUCUCCACGUUGCUGUUUGUAACAAGAUAUCAUGAAUUGCUUAGCAAAAUGAGAAGCUAAUUUCCAUGCCAGGUAAACCAAACAAACAAGCGUUGAUAAGAAGAGAAAUCGACUUUUGCUUACCUUAAUUGUUAGUUUUAUGCUGCCCGUUAUUUUGCUGCCUUGUCACUGGGAGAGGUAAGCGAAAACUAGUAUCUAUUGAAAGUCGUUCUAAUUAUCAUUGUCAACAUCCUUUUGUGCAUCAUAUUUGAAGUCGACCUGAAAGACUCUAUGCUUAAAGUAACGAGAAUUCUUAUCAGAAUCUUUGCAAUAUGUUUUUUAUGUUUCGGCUUAAUACCUUGUGUUCGAAUGUCGUUCUCCUGCCAGGUAUUCAAAGCUCUUGAGCCUCUGGUCCUUCUUGUCACAUUUGUUGGUGAUUCAAAGAGAGUACUCAAAUAAAGGCACGGGUAUUUUUUCAUGCCAUUCUCCUUGUACAACAGUAGUUUCCAACGAAAAGUUGAUGUGUUCUUUAUUAAGAGCUUGAUAAAGUAAAAAAUUAGUCAUGUUGACAAAGCCAUCAUUUCAAGCACCGCUUUUAUCAGUCGAACGGUCUUACCCUAAAAAAGAUCACAUCAAGUCUUCUUUUGGGAAACUUCGUAAUUAAACGUUCAUAAAAUGGCCACUCUUUUUAAUUGCAGACUAUCAAACUUAUAGCAAAUAAUAUAAAGAAUGGUUUCAAUCUAACUCAUAAUGUGUUGUUCUCAUUUCCUUCUACAUUUCGAAAAAAAUGAAAAAAAUCGAAAAUUUUAAGAUAGACAAGCCAGCUCCCUCGUAAGCAAAAAUUUUUUUAUUAUAAAGAUAAGAUGAAAGCUUUUUCCUACCAGGUUGUCAUAAAAGAAGUCCUUCAAGGGUUUUAGUUGUAAUUUCUCUUUCUUUCUCUCUUCCGCAACCGUUUUUCUCCUCAUUACCUACUAGCCCACUGCGAGAGGCUUUGAGGUUUUGAAAAAUGGGUUUUGAUUACAUCCGGGCAAAUCAAACGACUGUAAAAGAUUUCUACCUUGCAGAGACGUUUUCAUAUGAAAUACGAGAACUACUGAAAUUUUACAUGAUAAAGUAAAAAGCAAGAUAAAAUGUUGAAUUCAUCUUGCUACAAGUAAUCAAUGAAAGGCACACAGAGCUAGUUAUCUUGCGGAUCAAAAAAUUCUUAUACUAAGUAUUUUUGUACUUGUAAGAAAAAUGAAAUCUUUUGACAGAAGUUGUCUUCGUUAACAACCCCCUCCCCCAAAUAGACUUUAACGACGCCCCUUCAACAGUAUCUGUUAUUGGGUAGAAAUGGUACAAUCAUAGACCCAUCUCUCCUGUGCAAGUCUCUCCAUAAUUCAGUCUAAGAAUUUUCGCUUAAAUCUAGUCUCAGAGAUAUUUUUCUUCCUCGCCAAUGUAUCUGUCUACAAACAUAUCUCCGGCUUUUUUGAGCUGCAGUACUCAGAGGAAAUCUCGUAACAUAAGUGCUCUCUUGUUGUACGUAGCAAAACAAAGAUGAAAAAUGUCACUGACGAUACAUUAAUACGUAAAACACAAAUCUCCUUUAAAUUCAGGGAUUCGCACCUUUUCGUGUAUUAUGAAUUUACAUUUGCACACUAAUGAAAAUAUUUUGUUAGGAUAUUGAAGUCGUUACUAAAACCUCAAGUGCUGUUGUUGGGGGUCACUUGCUUCCGAAGCUAUAUUAAUGUUUACAACAACUAGGCAUCUUAAUUUAUUGAUAUCACAAAUAUAUAUAUAUAUAUGUUUAUAUAUUUAAGCAGUUUAACAUCAAUGUUUUGAGCUUCCCGCGAGUAUCAGUGUGUUCACUACCAAGACCUCAUGAGCAAAUACACUCUUUUCUAUAAGAACAAUUUUAUAAGAACACGAGCCUCAAAAUUGGUCAAAAGUUAAGAACAAAUUAAGAACAAGCUGAGGCCGAGCUUCUGGAAAAUGCAAUUUUGAACAACGCUCUUUCUCAAAAUUGAGGAUUUUUAGCUAUGUGUGGGUGAUUUUUCGGUGAAUAUGCAAAUUUGUCAGCAAAUUAAGGCUCUCUCACUCAAUUUGUUGGCAAAUGAGGCCUGUACACCACCCUAGAGCGAAAAAGCUAGCACUCGCACUGUUUACACCCUAUUAGAUUAAGAACAAAUUAAGAACAAUCAAGCCUCAGAUUUUCGAAAAAAAAUCAAGAACAGUCAGCCCGAACUUAAAUUAACUGGUUCCUAUAAAAAAAGAGUGUAUUGUUUUAAAUCUUUCGUACAUCUCUGCCUGAAUAUCCUACCCGCGAUCUUACCCACACAAAGUCACGGGCUUUCUUCGUUACAAAGUAUUGCUUGAUAGUUACUGCCAUUCCAAGCAUAUGAUGAAACGAUACCGAAUUGCUUGUUUUGAGUUCUUUUACUUUCUGGCGUCUUUUCCAUGGCCAGCUCUUUAUUUGUCAAUCUUGAGAUUAGUUCUUCCAUGCUCUUUUUAGAAAUUGUUACCUUAUUCUUCUUUGGUUCCUUUGUUCCAUUUUGAGUCUUCGAGGAGGACAGCCGUUCAACAAUUCUAUCAAUAUCCAACUGCCCCAGUUUUUCUCCCCUAUUAACAGGUGGCGGUGACGGCUCGUUCUUCUGCGUUGAAAGGCGUUCAAAGAUUUGAUCAAUAUCAUCGUUGCUUAGGCCCGUUAUCGUUCUUUUUUUGAAUGCUGCCUGAGGGGAGUUGAUCUUUUUAGGAGCAGCAAGCCGCUCGACCAGCUGUUCGGCUUCUAUUUUGGUUAAGCUGCGUCCAUUGUUUUUGUUCUUCUCUCCAGCCUUCGUCGAUGGCUCUUUUUGUCGGCUUAAUCGAGAAACCAGACCCUCUAUUUCAGAUGCAGUAAGUGUUUUCUCUGAGGCCAUUUUCAAACGAAUCUUUGCAAGCAGAACUACCAAUAAAGACACCUAACGUAUCCAUAUAUCACAUUUGACAAGGUUAUGGUUCGCUGGUCAACUAAAAUCUCACCUUUUUCAAUCGACAGCUCUUCCAAGAUCUGCACCACUCAAGAGAUAUCCCAAAGCACUUCAGCAUUAUAGCUUGUGGUGUGUUGACAUAGCUACUACCCGUAAAUUAAUCCCAUAAUUUCUAUUGUAAAGUAUUUGUAAAGCAAAGGGAACAUCACAUAAAGACAAUGGAGAUCAGCUUCUGUUAUGGUAUGUUUCUAUGUAGUGAGAACAAAGGAAAACUAAAAUACAAUGAAUCCAUUGUUUUGGUUUGAAUGAUAGAACAACGUGACAGGAUGAUACCGAAUACGCUCCUGUGCGGCGCUUGCGCAACAAUUUAGGGUGGCGCAAAUUUCUUCGAAGGGAAACUCCUCUUGUCUUCAAAUUACAUUUUCUUUCACAAGAUCUGACCAGAGCUUAAAAGGGAAUUGUUUGGUUUACUUACAAAAUGCCAACAUUUACAUUUGACAAAAACUUCGUUUAAGUUUACAGUGGAAAAUUUUUUGGCAGGAAGUACGAGAGAAAAAGUGGUCAACGGACGCGAAGUUCAUGUUUGCACUUGCUUGUCAGAUAUAAAAACGCCUUCUUGUCCAAGUUUCAAGCGAAGUAAAAUUGUUCGUAGAAGAAACAGAACCUUUUCCCGCUGAAAAUUGGGUGAGAUAACCAUCUCGGUUGGACCCAGUAUACACUUUCUCAGCUUGACGCCUCUCCGCCUCUCCUCCUCUCCGCCUCUCCACUCCUCUCUACUAUAUCUGCGCAUGAACUUAUUUGGCUCUGGUAUCCAGGGUAAGUGUUAGGUAGCCCAUCUCAACAAAUGGACUUCAAAGUGUCUUUUUCUGUCGGGUAUACGCUAGGAUAUUGCAUUCUUCUUUGACUGCACGUGUGCUCUUCAGUGGCGGCCUGGCCCUUUUCGCCUAGGAGGGGGGGGGAGGGCAGCAUCAAAAUGUGGUCGCAAAAAUUUUGUUUUCCCGAAUACAACUGCUUCCGUCCACCUUCCCCUCCAAAACAAUGUUGAAAGUAUAGAAAAAUAUCAUACAAGGCACAGGAAAAAGCGUGCUUCAUAACCCCUUUCUAGAGUUACAUAAUGUGUUUCUGAAGGAAGAUGGACAUUGCAAUCUUUGCGAAAAAAAUUCUUCAUGGCGCAUUGAGGCAUUUUAUUUGGAAACAAAACUAGUGGAAGAAUCAAUUUGGCUACUUUUGGCAACAAAAUUCAUGUUUUUGUGUUGAUAUUACAAAGAUUGUAUAAUUUUACAGAAAAUUCCAUGGUUUUUUAUUCAUGUCAUAAUUUUAUACAUAUCUUAUAUUUAUAUACAUAUAUACUUUAAUUUUUUAGUUUCACUGUAGUAUAUCAAAUUUUAUCACCCUUAUUCAUCUACCAAAUUGCCAGAUUUUGUGAAUUUGAAUUCAAACGAUAACCAAACGUUCUCUUGUUUCAACGACCAAUUCAGUUAGGUGUCCUGUUCUGUGACUACACAAGACUUGCAGCUGCAAAUGAAAUUCGUUGUAACGUAACGUGCUAUGCAACUUUCUACAUUCGCAAAGUCUUUCGCGUUUGUUCAUUCCAACCAUCAGGUCUAUUUGUGACAUUCUGCUUUCCUUAUAAGAGCUUGAGUUGUGUAUUGAAAUACUGGAUGUUUCUAACAGUUAAAUGGAGGAACGUACCAGAAAGCAAGGCUGGAGAGCAAAGAUUCGCAUAACCAGGUCACUGUGAAUACAAAGAUGUCAAACAUCUGUUCGCCAGCUUCAGAUUCCCUGCAUUUCACAUUAAUCUUUCCUUUGUACGGAGAAUGUCUGCUCGUUAGCCAUUUUAUUUGCCCUAACUUGCGCUGUACGUUUAACUGUGAAUAAAAAGAUAGGAAAAUGUUAGUUAGAUAGAACCUUUCUGACUAUUUUACUUCUUAACCUCCGGAAAACUGUUUAAAUCUACUUCAGCCAUCCAGGAAAUUUUCUUCAGCCAUCCAGGAAAUUUUCAGUUGUCAGUUUGUUAGUAUUGCUUUCUGUAUGUUUAGGCCCUUUUCAUUUUGACUCCAUACAUCGCGCUUCGUUUUGGGGACAGGUGUAACGGGGAUAAAGAUGGAGGAGAGUCUGCAGCGAUGAUCUUUGAGCACUUGCGACAAAGAAGAUGGAAUUCCCGUUGCUUAGCGGGAUAUCGCGUUUAUUUCUCGUAGGAUGAUAAACUCGAACUGUUCUUUUGUCAAUAUGCGAGUAUCGUUUCUUUUUCAAUCCCCGAGAACUGAAGCACCUGCACAUAAAGUAUCUUAAUCACAAUGACCUGGUUGGAUUAAAGUCGCGAGACGAUUUUUAGCAUCUGCUUUUGGAAACGUCACUGCAAGUAUACCAGAGUUCAGCUCUAAUCAAAGUGAAUUUUCCUGCACAAACUACUUCGGUGGUUUAGCCACUGCACGCCAGGUUUGCCGUCCACUACGUCACUGGUCAGCCAAUUUGACAGGUUUUACCUCGAUGAUGAAAUUAUGCUGGUAAUGAAUCCUGAGGUUUUGAUUUUUUGAUGUCGACUCGCUGAAAUUCAGGAAAUUGUGCAUUUUACUCCGCAUUGUAACCAGAGAAUGCAGUAGGAUUUUCUGUGCUAAUUCUAAGAAGAUUUCCGUACGUCACGCUGAAAGCUGUCAAGAUAUUUUGCAAGGUGCGUUGCUCUAUUUACAUGUCAUUCUAUUAGCUGCAGCCUGCAUUCAAGCAUUGUCUUGUUUUUCUUAGCAGAAACAAAUUUUGUGGCAUAUUCAUUGUGGCUCCUGCGUUAUUUUUAUUGUUAUCACUGUGUUUAUGAUUGUUGAAUAAAGAUGCAAUCGGUUAUAAUUUGGAGUUGUUUAGUUAGUCCUUCCAAGCACAGUACUUUAUGUUCUCGUUCUUGUAAUGUGUGUUUUGAAAAGUAUUGUUGAACUUUAUAGUUUUGAUUUUUUGCAUAAAAAACAAGAUAGCUUUGAUGGCAGCACUAAAUUUAUAAAGAUUUCUUUUAUUUCCAUUUUUUUUUAUUCUUUGAAUUUUAUAGUUUAUUUCGAUCAAAUGUUUAAGGCUUUUAAGAUAUUGUAGGAGAUGGCCAAGUAGCCAUUUGAAAAAUGCUCAAUUCCCGUUGUUUCUUUUUCCAAUUGUCACCUUAGCAAAUAUUUUUUGCCUAAAUUUGCUGCACAUUUUGCUGCUCUUUAUCGGAUCGUGUGAAAUAAAAACAAUUACUGUUGCCUAUGACAAAAACAAUUACUUGACUCAGAUUUAGAAGAAUUUUUUGCUAAAAUAUUAAAGCAAGACUGUAUUUUAUACCAUAAGAAGUAUAUGUAUGACCAUCCCUUGUAGGUAUAAUAUUUCUUGUAAUUCUCUCCUCAAUUGAAAUAAUUUUCAACUGUGUUAAAUUGAUUUGCACAUUCUCUGCUCCUUUAAUACCUUUUUUACCUGAAACUUGAUUUGUAUUUUAUAUGUGCAGUAUUUCCCAGAUCAGCCCAAGGUAACUGCUCAAAAUGUUGGUUUUGUUUCAUUUAUGCUACGUCUUGCAGAAAAACAUAAAAUGAAUGUAGAAUACUUCUUAAUAUCUUAUCUCCUUUUUAGCACGCAGUUGCUCUACAUAAAAAGACAGAAUAGUUUUAGCAGUAUUUUUAUAAUGAUAUGUACCGGAAAAAUGCAGUGCUCAAUGUCAAGGCAACAUACAAAUAUAUUUUGAUAUGAUUUCGAUAAUUUUUCUUUGCUCUCUUCUUUCAAGCUACAUACAAGAAAAUGGAUGAUUCAUACUGUUAGUGGGUUUAAGUCUAGCAUUCGUGACGAAGUGACAUUUGCAAAUACUAGUGACUAAAGGAAAAGCAAAAGUAAUUUCAAAGUUUGACAGCAAUGGAGAGAGACGCUCGAGAGCUUGGCUGUCAAAUGAGCCAUUGCCACCUGCUGCAUAAUCACAUUAACAGCCAUGGUCACAUCUGCUCUGCAAGUCCAUUUGGGUCAAUAAAUUCGCCAGAAUACGGCUAUUGGCUGUCGUCAAUGGCCUACGCCAACGAACUCUUCAGCCAUGGGCCAUAUGAACACUGUUUUCCUCGGCAGUGCUUAAAUCGCGAGAGCAGUCGCACUGCCUCGCUGCGGCACUUAUCUGUUUCGAACGGAAUCAGGAAUCUUUGCACGGACAGAGGCGAGGCAGAAACAUGGCCCACUUCUCCUUUGUUGCCUGCUCAAGGCUGUCGGCUAGGCCAUCAUGAAAGCAGCAGAAUGCAUAAUUUUGAAUUUUGCUCUUCCCAUAGUAAUAAUGUAUUACGUGGUACAUACAUGCAUGAUUUCCACGAAAUGCGUAGCCAAGUUUACACAGAUUCGACGCACGGCGAAACUGUGUUUGAGUUAUCGCGUCAUCGGAUGCUGGGAAGGCGCAAUUCCAUUUGGAAGUCACAAAUAAAAAGGAAUGACGUUCUUCCGGAAAACGAUGUCAAUUUUGAGGACACAGAGGUAGAUAGCAUGCAGUAUUAUUCGGAUUUGAAUAUAACAUCGACACUUUGUGGAUUAGAAGAAGUUUUAACACGAUUAAUAUGGAAUUUGAAUUAGGUGAACAAAAUCAGUUACGCAUUCCGGGUCAGUAGAUUAGCUAUAUCGGUCAAGCGAUACCAGUGCAGCAUAUUUGGUACUCUCAAAUUUUAAGAAACCACCUUGCUAUAAAACUUGUUUCAUGGUUCUCAAGAGAACUGCGAUAUCAAAAGGUACUUCCAGAACUUUAUACUUCAGGCCAGGAAAGUACCUAAACAUCUGCACUGAUUCGUGUAGUUUAAACUCAGAUUAAAGAUAAAGGUGUUCUGGAAAUUUACUCUUUGGCGUAUACAGUAUAACCCGGUUAUAACGUACUUUAAGGGACCAGUGUAUUAAGUACGUUAUAAGCAAAGUAUGUUGUAACGAGGGUAAGUAAAAAUUGACUAAAACCAAGCACACCUUUUGCCGCGACCAAGCACACCUUUUGCCGGGACCAAGCACACCAGUACGUUAUAUCCGAAAGUACGUAAUAACCGAGUACGUUAUAAGGGGAUUCUACUGUAAAGCUAACUAGUGACAGGGGUCCCUUAAAUUUUUAAUGGCAAUUUAAGUGUCUUUCCUUUCAAUAGUUUAUUAUUAAUGGGCAAUUUCCAGCCCUUUUUGCUUGCUUUGCUAUCAAGCUCUUUUAAUUAAAAAAAAUAUCUUUAGGACAAAAAUUAUCAAAUAUUAUCUAGUUCUUGACAGAAUUGUACUUGGAGAAUAUUUUUGUGAAAUUAUGAUUAAAAAAGCCAGUCAAUAAAUAAACAAUAUUGAAAUAUUUUUACAGAACUUUUCUUUACAAAAAGGCUCUUAAUUCCGAUUUAAUUGAAGAGAUUUCAAGGAAAUGCUUCUAUUAUUUCUCAUAGCCUGUUUCUUAGAAAAAUUUGGGAUCGAGCAUAAGUUUUUGCCAUUAAAAGUAUUUAACUGAGAAUUGAUUGGUAAUUUUUCAAAUUGACAAUUCUUGUGAUUGCUAUGGAAAUAGUUGCAUAGUAAUGGGGAAAUCAAUGUUUCGACAAGUGUUGCUCAUCGAAUGAGGUGGGUAGUUGAUACGUCUUUUAAAGUAGACGAGAACUAAUUUAAAUGGGGUAUUAUUCUGACAUCGUCAAAAUUAGUCAUUAAAGGGAAUUAACUGCUUAGAGCAGUUUGCUAAUGUGUUUUGAACACAGGUUUACAAUUUGUCAUUUAAUUUCCGGUAAGCAUUAUAGCCUUCUCGUCUGAUUUCGGAUAAGGGUAAUAAUUCAAUGUGUCUUUAUUGUUUACAAUUGACUUAUAAGUCAGAAUUUUUAUUGCAGAGAAGAAAUAUUUCUAUGUGA